UAUAAAACGGGUAACGCGGGGGAGUCGCUCAAAAGUAUGGGGGAGUCGUUUUCAACGUAUGGGGGAGUACAUUUCUACCGCUUCGAAGACGGGAGAAAGAUGGAUAUUCAGGAAAUAACAAUAGAAGUAAAGACAUCUUUGUUCCAAUGUGGAAUAUGUGGAAAUAAGUACAAGUCGAAAGGGACUCUAAAAAGGCAUUUAGGAUAUCAUGCAGAUCAGGACAAAAAAUUCAUUUGUAAUCAAUGCGGCAAAGAGUUUAAGCAUCGAUAUCUAUUACUUCGUCAUGAAAAAGUUCAUGCUUCAAUAAAAAAGAAACAUAUUUGUGAAGUAUGCGGUAAAUCAUACUCCAGUACUGGGGCUUUAAGCGAUCAUAGAAAAUUUAAGCACUUCAACGAAGGCUUUUUAUGUAAUAAAUGUGAUAAGAGAUUCAAAAAUGCAUAUCACCUACGAAGACAUAUUGCAACACACAAGGAUGAGAAAGAUGGUUGUAAAAAGUUUGGUGGUUUUUUUCGACAACUGAAGAAACACGAAAAAACAUGCUGCAACACAUCUAGAGAGGCAGUGGAAAGUUGUGAAUUAUGCGGAAAAAAAUUUCUAGAAAAGAGAUAUUUGCAGGAACAUAUCAAAAACAAGCAUAACUCCACUGGUAUUCCUUGUGGAAAAUGUGAAAAAACAUUCCGGAAUAGGAAAUCCCUCCUAAAACACAGAAAAAUGUGCACGUCUGGUGCUGAACUAAUGUAGACAUCCAAAAACAUACUUGUAGUCGAUAUAAAUGGAAAACAUCUUUAUUUUUUCAUGCCAGGCAGCAUUCACACUACAUUAUAUUACAUACAGUUAUACAAGUUUG